UUUCUACUACAUUUAUGAACGAUAUCCGGUUUCAUAAUCUGUAAGACGUGACCAAUUAAUCAAAUAAUUGACAUAAAAUGUCCUAUCAAGAAUAUGAUCUCAACAAAAUUCUACGUUUCAAAUUGCAUAUGAGAAUCAAUGUACUAAAACAUCAACUGAGCUGUCUUAUUUUCUAGAAAUACUGCAUAUUGAAAAUUACCAUUCUAUAGUUUAAAAGGAUUAGGUUUGUCAUAGCCUACUCAGCAUCGAAAUUUCUGGUGGCUCAAUAAAAAAACCUUACACGGUGACCUACUCCAUUUUCAAUCUUUUCAACUGAUUUUUUUCUUAGCUUGCACAGCAAAUAAUUUUAAUGGAAAACGUGUUGGGGAACGAUUCUUCCCUCUUUGGUUCGAAUGAAGACUCUAACAUCGAGAGUCUAGAGGUCUUCAACUACGACUCAGUCUACAGUCAGGUAGAGCAGCUGGUGAUGGACAACAUAGCGGGGUCAUCUGCACGUGCUACUGGCGAAAUCAAUGCGACAGCAAUUACGCCCAGUCACGCUUCUACGAAGACAGGGCAAACUCGCCGAGCCCUUUCCAGACAUUCAGCAUCUCUUGAGAUGAUAAAAGAAAGCACUAAGGAGACUCGUGAAUGUCGGAAGCACAGGAAAAGCGAAGGAGCGUCUCAAACUUGCAGACAAGACUCGAAGGGAGAACAGGCUUCGCUGCAAGGGAGACAACAUAGGGACUCCAAGAGCGGAGGUGAUAAAGAAAACAGCUGCAAGAGAAAACAGGUCAACUUCAACUCAAGAAGGAGGAUCAAAGUAUGCGGAGUAGAUGACCUGCAAGUACUGCGGAAGAAUGCGCACCACAGACGCCACAACUGCAGCUUCACAGCCGGACUAGACGGACACAACAGUGCUUCGAGUGGGGAUGAGUCAUCAUUCCACCAUCUGAGUGCAUCUGAAGUUGAGUUAUGUCAACAUGCGAUUGGUGGGGUGAUUGGACAAAAGAAGUCAGGGAAGCAUCGCAAGGCCAAAGGGUCAAAAACUGUUACAACUGACGGAGUGUUUUCACAUAAGCACAAGACGAAGCACCGCACUGUUCCUUGCAGCUAUGCGGCUUUGAUCACCGAUACUUUGACUGAACGAAAAACAUCGCGACACAAAAGGGAAAUCCAUCAAGAGAGGCGGUUGACUGAUGUCAAUCACGUGGAAGCGGAGAAUGCUAUCAGACGGCUGUGGCAGAGAUUCACAAACAUGAACUGUUGUUAGGUUAAUUGGAUCAAUUGAUUAAC